AUGAGGAUCACCACGGCAUUAUCCCUUUUGGCUGCACUUUGUACCGUCGGGGCUAUUCCAGUGUCAACUAACUUGGAAAUUCUGAGGAUUCAAGUGAGGAACGUGAAAUGGAACGUAGAAACUACAAUACGCCGUCUUGAGCUACUCCGUACUCAGACCGAGGAAGAUACCCUCUGGCAAGUCUCGUUAAAAUGGAAUGAAGAACAGGACAGCCAUAGAGCAUAUAAAACUUUAUUACUUGCUGGGAUAAGAAAAGUAGUAGACGCCGCUAAGGCGGAGGGCAAAAACGUGGACUCGUGCUACGAAGAGGCCGUCGACGCUACCGCAGCUAAUGAGCAAACAGCGGAUGACGAAGCUACAAAGUGUGAAGGUAUCGCUCAACAUUCCAUCCAUAACAAUCUUGGUUUUAUCGACAAUCUUAUCUCGACCGGACAGGCGCUGGUGAUCGAUUUGGAUAAUAUCUUCCUGAAUUGUCACGACAGUGACAUUUCCAGAAUGGAGAUCUGCGUCAUCAGCGAUUUGGUGAGAUUAGAGGGCAACUUGAGGACCUUGGAAAGCGACAGCAUUACCGCAGAGAUCACUAUUAUGCCCGUGUCCAAGAACGUCAUUAUGCAAGCUAGCAACUGCAUAAAACAUGCAUAUUCUGUCGCAAUUUCGGCAGGAGAUGCGACCAGAAUGAGAGCCACUCAAUGCAUCGAACAAGCGAAUACAACCCCCACCACGACAACUACAACCCCCUCGACAACUCCCUCGACAACUCCCUCGACAACCCCCUCGACAACCCCCUCGACAACCCCCUCGACAACCCCCUCGACAACCCCCUCGACAACCCCUUCGACAACCCCUUCGACAACCCCUUCGACAACAGUGAAGUCUACGACAAAGAUCCCAUUUUAAAGUCCCAUAACUUUAACGUCACUGCAAUUUGCCAAUCACGACUAUUCUUCGUUGAAAAUAAUUCUCGAGAGGGAUUGGAAUGUCCCACAAUUGGCAUCAUUUUGGGGGGAAAAAGCAUCGUCACGACAUUACGCGAUACUCUACAUGUAAAACUAGCGUAGUUCGUAGUCUGUUCCGGAUUCCAUGGUAUUUUUCGAAAGAGUAAUUCUGUAUGUAAAGUGAAAGAAGUAAAAAAAAUAUUUGUAAAACGACAAUUAUUUGAACUCCUUGCUGUACCUUAUUCAUACGCUUGCAAUUUACCUUCAUCACGCGUACGUUUCGCACAAGGUCGCAAAAUUAGAUGCGAUAAGCCAAGUCUUAUCUUU